AUGUUUAAUGCUUUGGCAUCAGAAAUUGCAUUCCUUGGCGAUUUCAAACAAUGGUUGCCAGAACAAGUAAAAGAAUGGGCUACAAAAGAAGUUCAAUAUGCCCAGAUGCUUCUUGGUAAUGAUGUAGAAGGAGAGAGUAAAGCAGUGUUUACAGAGGCUGAUUUUGGUAAAUGUGGCAUAGUCGUAGCACCUGCAAAGAAGCUCUAUCUGGCUGUUCAACAACUUUUAAAUCAACAAUCGCUAUCACAUCGGCACAGAAGUGGUAAUUUAUAUCCCUUUCUAUCUUAA